AUGCCGGGGGAUCUGAACUCGAUGUGUUCUCGUGUGUGGAGUGUGUGUCUGCUCCUAGUGUGGAUAUGUCUUGGCACGAGGGUUGUCGGUGUGGUCGGGUCGCACCAAGGCAGCAUCCCUCUCUCCGUGGUGAAGUUGUGGGCCUCAGCGUUCGGAGGAGAGAUCAAGUCCAUCUCAGCCAAGUACUCUGGUUCCCAGCUACUGCAGAAGAAGUAUAAGGAGUUUGAGCGAGCAGUGCGUGUAGAAGAGAUAGAUGGAUUGAGGUUGGUGAAGAAGCUGGCUGAGAACAUGGAGGAGAUGUUCCACAAGAAAUCUGAAGCCAUGAAGCGUCUGGUGGAGGCAGCAGAGGAGGCACACCUGCAACAUGAAGAUGACCCAGACCUACAGUAUGAGUACUUCAACGCAGUAUUGAUUAAUGAGGUGGAUGAGGAAGGUAACAGUAUGGAGCUGGGAGGAGACUUCCUUCUGCAACCCAACGACCACUUCAACAACCUGUCUGUCAACCUCAGCCUCAGUGUGGUGCAGGUGCCCACCAACAUGUACAACAAAGACUCAGCUAUAGUAAAUGGAGUUUACUGGUCUGAAGCCUUGAAUAAAGUUUUUGUGGAUAACUUUGAGAGGGACCCAUCCCUCAUAUGGCAGUACUUUGGCAGUGCCAAGGGCUUCUUCAGGCAGUACCCAGGUAUCAAAUGGAGACCAGAUGAACAUGGUGUCAUUGCUUUCGACUGUCGCAACCGCAAAUGGUACAUCCAGGCAGCCACAUCUCCUAAGGAUGUAGUCAUCUUGGUGGAUGUGAGUGGCAGUAUGAAGGGCCUGAGGCUGACCAUUGCCAGACAGACCGUCUCUUCUAUACUGGACACACUGGGGGACGACGACUUCUUCAAUGUCAUUGCUUACAACGACGAGGUACACUAUGUAGAGCCAUGCCUGAAUGGAACUCUGGUUCAAGCUGACGUCACCAACAAAGACCAUUUCCGGAUGAAUCUGGAUAAGUUGCUAGCUAAAGGCAUCGGCAUGCUGGACGUAGGUCUCACUGAAGCCUUUGAGGUCCUCAAUGAUUUUAACCAGACAGGUCGAGGCAGUGUGUGUAGUCAGGCCAUCAUGUUGGUGACCGAUGGGGCAGUUGAUACUUAUGACUCUGUGUUCGCCAAGUACAACUGGCCCGACAGAAAGGUCCGGAUAUUCCCCUACCUGAUUGGUCGAGAGUCAGCCUUCGCAGAUAACCUGAAAUGGAUGGCCUGCGCCAAUAAAGGUUACUUCACUCAGAUUUCCACUCUGGCUGAUGUACAGGAGAAUGUGAUGGAGUAUUUGCACGUGCUCAGUCGGCCCAAAGUCAUUGCCCAAGAGCACGAUACGGUGUGGACCGAGGCCUACAUUGACAGCACCGUGAGUGGACACCGCUCCCCCAUCUCUCACAUGCUCCCUCAGGCUCAAAAGCUGGAGGAUGGUCAGGGUCCUAUUUUGAUGACCACUGUGGCCAUGCCUGUGUUCAGCACCAAGAAUGAGACGAGGAAUAGAGGCAUCCUGCUAGGUGUGGUUGGUACUGAUGUUCCUGUCUCUGAGCUCCUCAAAACCAUCCCAAAAUAUAAGCUGGGCAUCCAUGGUUACGCAUUCGCCAUAACUAACAACGGGUACAUUCUGACCCACCCUGACCUCAGACCAUUGUAUGAGGAGAGUAAGAAACGUAGGAAGCCCAACUACAGCAGUGUGGAUUUGUCUGAGGUGGAAUGGGAAGACAAGGACGACACACUGCGUAAUGCCAUGGUAAACAGGAAGACUGGCACCUUCUCCAUGGAGGUAAAGAAGACUGUGGACAAAGGGAAGCGUGUGCUGGUACUGCAUAAUGAUUACUAUUACACUGACAUCAAGGGAACCCCCUUCAGUCUAGGGGUAGCCCUGUCCAGAGGCCAUGGAAAAUACUUCUUUAGAGGAAACGUCACUGUAGAAGAAGGUCUUCAUGAUCUGGAGCACCCUGAUGUACAGCUCGCAGAUGAAUGGACAUACUGUGACACAGAUGAGCACCCAGAGCAUCGGUACCUGUCUCAGAUAGAAGCCAUCAAACUCUACCUCAGUGGACGAGAACCACACCUUAAAUGUGAUAAGGAAUUGAUCCAGGAGGUUCUGUUUGAUGCUGUAGUAACAGCUCCUCUAGAGGCCUACUGGACCAGCCUGGUCCUAAACAAGUCAGAGAACUCUGAUAAGGGCGUGGAGAUAGCCUACCUGGGCACACGUACUGGCCUCUCCAGAAUCAACUUGUUUGUGGUUCCGGACCAGCUGACCAAUCAAGAUUUCCUGACAGCUGAAGAUAAAGAAGGGGUGUUCAACGCCGAUCACUUUCCCCUGUGGUACAAGAGAGCAGCAGAACAGGUUCCUGGAACCUUUGUCUACUCUCUCCCCUUCAACACAGGGAAGGACAAUAAUAGUGUAGUGUUGGCCAGCACUGCCAUUCAGCUACUGGACGAAAGAAAAUCACCCAUUGCUGCCGCUGUGGGGAUCCAGAUGAAGCUGGAGUUUUUCCAAAGGAAGUUCUGGACAGCCAGCCGACAGUGUGCAGCGUUGGAUGGGAGAUGUUCUAUAAGCUGUGAUAAUGAGAACAUCAACUGUUACCUGAUAGACAACAAUGGCUUCAUCCUGGUUGCAGAGGACUACUCUCUGACAGGGAUGUUCUUUGGAGAAGCAGAGGGGGCAGUGAUGAAUAAACUGCUCCUCAUGGGUUCCUUUAAGAGGGUUACUCUGUAUGACUACCAGGCGAUCUGUAGGAUCUUUGCAGAAAGUAGUGACGGUUCCCGUGCACUAUUGGACCCCUACUUUGCCAUCUUUGCCGUAGUGAAGUGGCUCCUUACAGAACUUGUCAUUUUUAUGCUGGAGUUUAAUCUGUACAGCUGGUGGUACUCUGACCUCACAGCCAAAGCCCAGAGGGGUGAUCGGACCAUGUUGGUGCCAUGUGAUACAGAGUACCCAGCCUUUGUCUCAGAGAGAACCAUAAAGGAGACCACUGGGAACAUCGACUGUGAGGGAUGCAUCAAAUCAUUUGUGAUCCAGCAGAUUCCCAGCAGUAAUCUCUUCAUGGUGGUGGUAGACAACAAGUGUGACUGUUCUGAUGCUGCUCCAAUCACCAUGGACCCCAUCGAGAUCAUGUAUAUCGAGUCUCUGAAGUGUGAACGACUGAAGUUCCAGAAGGACCGGAGACGACCUGACUCCUGCCACCCCUUCCACCCAGAGGAGAACUCUAUGGAGUGUGGAGGAGCUCUCAACCUCUCCCCAUCACUAAUGGCAACACUGCUCUGCCUGCUGCUGGUGCUGUUUCCUAGGUGACCAGGGCUAGCCACGCCCCCCAAUCCCAGGCUUGGCUGGGAUUGGCUCGGCUCGGCAUGCAAAUGAAUCCCUGACUACGCCACAGAUCAUUUAAAAAAAUCACAAACUAACCCCUUGCCCUUCCCCUAGCCCCCCCGAGCCCUCCCCCUAGCCCUCCCCUGGCUCUAGCCUUCUCCUACCCUUUCCCCAAGCCCUUCCCCUAGCCCUUCCCCUAGCCCUCCCACUAGCUCUCCCCCUUGCCCUUCACCAAAUACCACCCCCUAGGCCUUCCCCAAAGCCCUCCCCCUAGCCCUCCCCUAGCCCUUCCCCAAAGCCCUUCCCCUAGCCCUCCCCAAGCCCUUCCCCUAGCUCUUCCCCUCCCCUAGCCCUUCCCCAUGCCCUCCCCUAGCUCUUCUCCUAGCAAUUCCCCUAGCUCUUCCCCUAGCUCUUCCCCUAGUGCUUCCCCUAGCCCUCCCUCUAGCCCUUCCCCUAGCCGUCCCCCUAGCCCUCCCCCUAGCCCUUCCCCUAGAUUUUCCCCUAGCCCUUCCCAUAGCCCUCCCCUAGCCCUCCCCUCCCGCUAGCCCUUCCCUUAGCUCUUCCCCUAGCCUUUCCCCUAGCCCUCACCUAGCCCUUCCCCUAGUCCUCCCCCUAGCCCUUCCCAUAGCCCUCCCCUAGCCCUCCCCUCCCGCUAGUCCUUCCGCUAGCCCUUCCCUUAGCUCUUCCCCUAGCCUUUCCCCUAGCCCUCACCUAGCCCUUCCCCAAGCCCUCCCCCAGCCCUUCCCCGAGCCAUUCCCCUAGCCCUUGCCCUAGCCCAACCUCAAAUACCACCCCCUAGCCCUUCCCCAAAGCCCUCCCCCUAGCCCUUCCCCUAGUCUUUCCCCUCACCCUUCCCCUAGCCCUUCCCCUAGUCUUUCCCCUAGCCCCCCCUUGCUCUUCCCCUUGCCCUUCCCCGAGCCUUCCCCUCCCACUAGCCCUUCCCCUAGCCCUUCCCCUAGCUCUUCCCCUAGACUUUCCCCGAGCCCUCCCCUAGCCCUUCCCCAAGCCCUCCCCCUAGCCCUCCCUCUCGCCCUUCCCCUAGCUUUUCUCCUAGCCCUUCCCCUAGCUCUUCCCCUAGCCUUUCCCCUAGCCUUCCUCCAAGCCCUCCCUCUAGCCCUUCCCCUAGCCGUUCCACUAUCCGUUCCCCUAGCCCUUCCCCUAGCCCUCCCCUAGCUCAUCCCCAAGUCCUUCCCCUAGCCCUUCCCCUAGCCCUCCCUCUAGCCCUUCCCCUAGCCAUUCCCAUAGCCCUUCCCCUAGCCCUCCCUCUAGCCCUUCCCCUGGUCUUUCCCCUAGCCUUCCCCCUGGCCCCAGCGCUUCCCUGAGCCAUUCCCCUAGCCCUAGCCUUUCCCCUAGCCCUCCCCAACCCUUUCCCCUAGCCUUUCCCCUAGCUUUUCCCCUAGCCCUCCCCUAGCCCUUUCCCUAGCCCUUCUCCUAGCCUUUCCCCUAGCCCUUCCUCUAGACCUUCCCCUAGCUCUAGCAUUUCCCCUAGCUCUCCCCCUAGCCGUUCCCCUAGCCCUUAGCCCUCGCUCGAACAAUUCCCCUAGCCGUUCCACUAGCCCUCCCCUAGCCCUCCCCUUAGCCUUUCCCCUAACUCUUCCCCUAGCCCUCCCCUAGCCCUUUCCCUAGCCCUUCUCCUAGCCCUUCGCCUAGCCCUCCCCUAGCCCUCCCUC